GUUUAUAUGAAAAAAAGUUAAAGUUUCUGUCUUUGAACCAACAACCUGUUCAUGUUAAAUAGAGGCACGAGGUUCCACCUGUUCCCGUCAUGUUUCAGCAGCUGCACGUUAACUUCCUCUGCAGCUUCAUCCGCUCUGCUUCACCGUCUUGACCCCUGACUCCAAAGCUGAGACAGAUUUGUUUGAGGGUUGUGUGUUUGAAUCCGCAGUCGGUCAUCAGUUCAUGAAGGAAACGCCACAAACUCGACGUUCUCAGAAACACAGAAUCUGCUAGAAGUUCCAGGAAACGGGUCUCUUCUGAGGGUUCCUGCUUUCCUCUAAAGGACGCUGAACUUUGUGGCUUUCAGUGCGACUCAGGAGCAGAAGAUGUGGAAAAGUUUGGAAAAAAAACUAAAACAUCCAGACAGUUUUCAUGACAAAAACCAAAGAUUUGAGACAGUUUAAUAUUUCUUUAUAAUUAUUAUAAACUUAUUUUUUAAAGUUCAACAUGAAGCUGAGAUCUUCUGUUUUCUUCAGGAGAAUCAAAUGAAUUUGAAAGGUCUCACAGAAACAGUCUUUUGUACUGAAAUUGAAAUAAAAAAAACAAUAUUGGACCCAACGACUGACAGCGAUGAUGAGGAGGUUUUUCUUUUUCAUCCUGUGGUCAGAGAAGGUCUUUGAAGCUGAAGCAGAAGCUUGCCGUCAUGAUGACAAAGCUUCAGACGAGAACAGCGUUGCAUCACCGUAAAAGAGGUCAAACUGAUCCAGAACUUGAGCUGGUGUCAGCAGUAGAAGAACCGGACCUCUGAUGAAGUUUCUGAGUGAUGUUUGAGUCAGAAACUCCAAAGGUUUCUUCUUUACACAGGAAGUCUUGAAGCAGUUUAGAAUCAACCGUUUGAUCUUUGAACUCUGUAAAUGGUAAAUGGCGUAUACUUGUUUAGCGCUUUCUACCCUCCUUUGAAGGCCCAAAGUGCUUCACAGUCACAGACCCGUUCACACACUGGUUUGGUUGAAGAUCUGCUCCAGAGAAAACUAAAACAGGAGAAUUCCACCCUUCAGAAGCAAUAAAGAUUAUUUUAAAGCUGCAAGUGUGGCUUGAAGGAGAUGUGAAGAAAGUCUGCAGGAAGUUUGUUGCAGCUCGCCUAAAUCUCGCAGGGACUCACACACCCAGAGAAGCAGACAAAGAGCGGACACCAGAUCCUCCAGGCCCUCUAAGAGAACCAGGAAAACUACAAAACCAGGCAUCGCCUUCAGCCGCUAAGCUGUUUGGCCGCCGGAUCAAAAGCAGAUCCGGUGUCGGUAUCAGUUCAUGGAACGGGUUUAGGAGAAAAGACCGAAAAGAGGAAGUGGUGUCGAGUGGAGGCCCCGCUGGAGUUCAGGGAUGAUUCCCCACGUUAACUCUUGUGCUGCAGAAACUUUAGCUGCAUUUAUUAGUGUUUACAGAUCUGUGAUUUAGGCAUCCAGAAACACUUCAGGAAAUGGAUGCAUUUAAGAUGAAAACAAUCAGACGGUUACAUAAAGUCAGUCAGUUUGGUUCUUUGGGUUACAUUUGUCAUGACUAACCUGCUCGGCUCUUUCUAACUAAAGCUAACUGAUGUCUACAUUGUUCCACUACCUCAGCUACAACAAGAAAACUACCAGCAGUAAAAUAGAGCCUUUGAUAAAUGAUCCAAUGACGACGGUGUUCAGUAGAUGAAGCGGGAUCGACCAAUCAUCGUUUUAAUGUUUUUCCUGCAAAUGUUCAUGCCUGCACUGUGGUGUAGCGGUUCUCACCUCACAGUAAAAGGGUUCUGGUUCAAAUCAGGUUCUCCUGGUUCUUGUUUGGGUUUUCUCCGGUGUCCUCUCGCCCCAGCCAACAAGGCCAUGUGGAUAGAAAAUGCAGGCCCCAAUUGGCUGGUCUCUGGGCAGUAGGGUGAAUAAGAGUGAAUAAGAGCGAAUACGAGUGUAUAAGGGUGGUUCUACAACAACCUGGAGAUCUGUUCAGGGUAAACCCAUCUUCACCCAACAGUAGCUGGGAUAGGCUCCAGCAACCUAGUGACCCCUAUGGGGGUUCAGAAGUUGGACGGAUGGAUGAAUAGAUAGACAUGUGUUCAUGUCGUUUUAUUGACCACAAAUGUACCCCCCUUCCCACCCCCAUAAGAGAACUAUUCCAUUAUUUUACUAGUUACGUUUUUUAUGUUUUUUAGGAUAAAAAUCAAAGAAGUAACCUUUGUGAGCUUUUUUGGUGGAUUCUGUGAAUGAAUUCAUGGAUCAAAUAUGUUGAGCUGAAGGUGUAGAAACAGUCGUGCACCGACUGUAAAUGCGUGUGUGAAGCUAACGUGUGAACUGGAGGGGAUGACUCACUAACAAACUUCAUUCAGUUGAAAUAAAAUCCGCCGUCAGAUAUUUCACGUCUUACCGUUUUAAAUCCACUGAAGUGGUUCUGUGCUAACGUUGCUGGUGACUACCAGAAGCUCCUCCCCUUUGUCUGUAAAUCACCUUAAACAGUAACAGUGUUUAUACUCGUGCACACACCAGUUUAGACAGACAGAAUGCCCGCCAUGUUGCUCCUGAUGGUCAGUCUGAUGCUUUCAAUGGCGGCUCUGCUCCAGCAGAGUGAGUGAUUGAACGGGACGCUUUGGGUCUCAGUGAACGUUGGACUUAACCUUUAAGCUCUGCUAGAACACAACAUUUUCAAGCAAUCGAUCAUUUGAUGCCUACUUAUGCCAUGUCUGAUGUCUUUGUACGGAUGUAAACCUCUCUUGACUGUAAUGCAUUUGGAUUAUUCUUCUUGCCUCGAUUGCUUAAAAUAAACCAUUUCAAUUCCACAUAUUUGACAGAACCAGAACCUUCUUCUGGUCUAUAAAAUGUUAGAAAUUGUAAACAGACCGGGUUCUCCCUGGUUCUAUGCUACUGUCCAUCCUUCCAUCCAUCCGUCCGUCCAACAAUCAAUCUGUUCAUGGAAGUCUCCAACCCACAAUCCUUGGUUUCGGAGCAGGUGUUGGUCCUGGAAUGUUGAGGAACUUUCUAUUGGGAGGUUCUGGUUCAUAACUCUCUAGAGAAAUUAGAAGCAGAAAUCGUAUUCAUUUCUGAUCGCAGACAUUCACCAGCUCGCUAGGGGAUUUGUAUUGAAGCUGAUCAUUUGAGAUGAAUCAUAGUUUCUUUUUAAUCUUCACAAAGACUCAAAGCAAAAGUUUCAUUCACACAAACUGCAUGUACUGGUCUGUGCGGAGCGGCUGAACGGGAGCUGAAAGUAGGUCUCAUGAAGUGAGUAAAACAGAUCCGCUGCAUCUCUGAGCAUGAAAUCAGAGUUCAUCUGCACACUAACAUGUAAGCUGAGCUGCCGAGGACACAAACAAACUCCUGCAGAGAGAUCCAGAACGAGCAGGAAAUGAAAAGAGCGCAAAAGUGUCAACAAACGCAGUGACGAGGCUGGCAUUAGUUAUCAGAACUUUCUGACUCUUCAUUUCCUCUGUGAGAGCAAACACUUUCAAGUCGGCGCUCGUCUGUGUGCGGGGGAUUUCGAUGUCCUAUAUUCCUGCGGUGAGGCGUGUGGGGGGGGUGGGGAGUGGAGGUGUAUAAAGGGGCCGUGGCCUCAGAGGCGUCUCCACAGCAGCACCUGCACUCAGGUCUCAGCAUCGCUCUGCCUCCGGACUCCCAGCCGCGGAUUUACCUGCACCAUGCCUGCCGCCGCCACCGCCACGCUCCUGCUCCUGGUUCUGAUGGGCUGGUCUGAACCGGCGACGGCCCACCCGCUCCACCGGUCGCUCAGCCGGCCGCUGAGAGACCCGAAGACGGGUCAGGCGGUUGUGGAGGUGGCCCAGCAUGCGCAGAAGAAGGAGCUGGAGGCCGACACCAACAUCCGGCUGUUACCCAGAGUCAACGGCAGCCAGGACCACCUGAAGAUAUGCUGCCUCCACGCCAACAUCCUCGACUUCUACCUGAACAACAUCCUGCAUGGUCACCGCGACGACGCGCAUCCCAGCAUGCACCGGCUGAAGACUGACCUGCACCGCAUCAGCGAGGACCUGCAGAGCUACGGCUGCAACGUCACGCACUACCACGACCACCGGCACGCCGUGGAGUUCCGCAGGAAGCUGGAGAAGAUGGAGGGCGAGCGAGGCCUGAACAAAGCGGUGGGAGAGAUCGACAUCCUCUUCACGUACCUGCAGGACCACUGCGUGGAGCCCACCCCCACCCCCACCCCGGCGCUCUGACGCCGCAGCACCAUCACCACCACCCUCUUAUUUAAACUUUAAAGCCUCGACUUAUUUAUUUAUAUUAUUUAACUGCUUAUUUAUGUUUUUCUAAAGUUUGUAUAAAUUAUUUAUGUGCGGGUUCAAUGCCGAGGGGGCGGCGUUGCUGAAGUUGCCAUGUUUUGGCUCAUAUUGCUGCAGUAUUUCACUCAUUAAAGUUUGGAUGAUGAAACUCCUGCUGGUUUGUGUCUUCCUGAUCUGUGGUGCGUUCAGAGUCGGCGUGGAGAACUCAGACUCUGCUGGAAGCUGUGUCCGCUGCACAUUUUAGGUGUUCUGGUUCCAGGAACCUGAUGGUUUCAGACCGGACCUCAAACAUGUACCAGUCCUGACCCCUCCCUGACCACGCCCCCACCAGGCGUUUCCCACGUUUCCAAACUGCACACCACUGCAGAUCUGAUGCUGCAGUUUUGGUGCUCACCAUAUUUCUAAACGGCUCUUGCAGAAAGUCUUCACCUCAUGGAAACAUAACAACCCCCCAGGGAACACAGGAUGACCCCCCAGGUCAGGAAUAAAUCCUCUGCUUCUUUUUUGAUUUCCGUCAUUAAUCGGAUCAAAUCUUCAAAUUCUAACUUGGUCUCCUUCAGGAAAAAUCUCAGAAUUUCAUCCAGAAAUGUACUCUUUAAAAUAAAAGUCUUAACUGUUGGAAGUGGGCGGGGCCACUCUGCAAUACCCCCCCCCACACACACACACA